GGCAGAAACGUCAUCGACGGUGCCCUGAUCAAGGCGACCGCACAGGCGCCGCAGCCUCUUAGCUGGGAGAGAGUUUACGCGGAAUCUGUCUCUUGUCACCACUUCAUUGAGGGUCUGCAAAGAGCGAGGGUGGCCCGGGAAACGUGACCUGAUAAGAGACGUCGUCUGCUGUGCCCCUCCGCGGAUAGCGCAGCUUAAUAAAGCCGCCGCUCAGCUUCCCGGGCCGACGUGGUCGCGUGCUCGCAUCAUCUCCUUUCUGCGCUGCCAUGCCUUCACCGCGGAGGAGCUUUUUCGUUAGGAGCCUCCUGCGUCAGCACAUGAGAAUGUCGACCGACACAACCCUGGUGGAAAAGUUCGAAGGCUGCCUAGUGGGCGCGCUGGUGGGCGACUGCAUGGGCGCCCCCUUCGAAACAGAUUUCACGGGAAGUCAUUUUCCAAACCAGCAGACCUUCUUCCAAAACCUGCUGAAACACACCGUAGUGCCUGGUCCCAGUGCUGGCCGCAACUUUCGCCCUUCUAAGGUUCAUCCAGGCCGUGGCGAAUACCACUACACCGACGACACAGCGAUGACGAUGUGCUUGGCCAAGUCAUUACUUACCAAGCGCCGCUUCGAUGCCUUUGAUGUGGCGAAGAGAUUCACAACUGAGUAUUUCGAGAACGAGGCACUUGUCGGCGAGUACGGAAACGCCGUUCGCGACGUGUUUCGCAAGCUGAAAAACAACAACUACGAGGAUCCAUACAGGCCUGGCCAGGAACAGUUUGGCGGACGAGGCUCGUAUGGCAACGGCGCUGCAAUGCGCGUGGCACCAGUGGCUUUGUUCUUCAUGGACGACUUGGAGAAGAUGGUCGAGGUGGCGAGAAACCAGGCGAAGAUCACGCACAGCAACAAAAUCGGCUACAACGCGGCCAUUAUGCAGUGCAUGGCUGUGUAUCUUGCACUGAACAGUGAUCCAAAGACGCCGCUAGACUCUAUGGUCUACUUAGAUCACCUCAUAGCUCUCACGGACAAGCUCGAAGAGGCCGUUGACGGAUUCAAACCUUUGGUAUUCAAGUUGAUGCACAUAAAGAAGAUUUUAUCCAAUCCUGAGCUUGAUCCUUCACCAGCUGAAGUGGCCAAAAUGCUUGGAAACGACAUCACAGCGCAAGGAUCUGUGCCCACCGCAAUCUACAGCUUUUUGAGAUCACAAAGACCCUUGAAAGAAUUCGAGCACGAGAGUUCAUUCGUGCGCUGCCUGUACUUCGCGGUGGCGUGCGGCGGGGACGCAGACACCAUCGCUUCCAUGGCAUGCAGCAUAUCAGGCGCCUUCCAUGGCAUAUCGGCCAUACCGAGCGUGCUGCAACGCCAGUGCCAGGCUGUCGACGAAGUGACGCGGAUAGCAGACUGUUUAGAAGAAGCGGUGUCCAAGUGACGCUCACUGCAGCGGCCCCGACCGCCACCACUUAUUUUCGUAUUGAACGCGCGUCGAGCAGCAAGCAGUCCUCCGCUUGGCAGCGGCCCGGGCGUUCCACGCCUGCCGUGCCGGCAUAGUCGCUCUUCGCGAAGUUUGCUUUGAUCUGGUUGUACAAAGGAUGAACGGAGGAGUAACGAGUUUUAUUAAUGUGCUGUAUUUUGUUGCAAUCUGUGCCCAUAUAAAGCGUAAUAUGUGGAUGCUUGGCCUUGCGCUGAAUAAACAAGUUGAGACGAA